AUGAUCGAACAGGAUGUUACUCUGAAGAAGAAGCACUCCCUAAGGAAGAACGUUUUACAAUACAACUCUUACACCAGGGAUGGGAGUGUUAGUCCUAUUGAGAGACCGCUGGAAGGUUUAUACAAAUGUCAUUCAAAGGAUUCCUUGCCAUCAUUGCAGCAUUUGAUAGACAGAUCAUCAAGCGAGUCCUUGCCAUUGAAGAAGAAGAAGAAGUACAUUAUGAACGACCGCUCUUCAUACACCACUGUUAGUGUGCCCCGCUAUGUCACACCAACGCAUAAGAAUACCACACAGACCAACUUUUUGAGACCAAGACUUGAGUUUAGUGGAUAUCAGCUUUCUGGUUACAAGCGUUACCAAGUCAAUGUUUCUUUAAAGACAGUAGACCUACCUACAGUGGAAUCAGGCAAUACCACGACCACGCCACAUAUUACGGGCUACUUAACCAUUAAAGGUUUGACGUCUCAACAUCCAGAAAUUACAACAUUUUUUGAAGCUUACGCUGUUGAGCAUAACGAGCUUGGGUUUUUAUCCUCCCAAUGGCCUGAAGAGAAUAACUAUGAGCCAUAUAAAUCUGAUGACCAGACCGAUCUAGAACACUGGUUAAACUUCCCAGCAUUCAGAGAACUGUUCAUCGCACAGCAUGCUAAUUUAGUUAAGGAGGAUGAAGAGGCUACACCGGACUUCAAAAAAAAGAGACAAAGCAUAAACACUUUGGCAGAAUUAUUCAUGGAAAAUCAAGCUCAAAAUGAAGGACGUAAUUAUUUGAACGAUAGAUAUAUUUUUAUGAGAUGGAAGGAGAAAUUCCUUGUACCAGACGCGUUUGUCGAAAAUGUAGACGGAGCUUCUUAUGAUGGUUUCUAUUAUGUGGUACAUGAUCAGCUCACUGGUUGUAUGCAAGGUUUCUAUUAUCACCAGGAUGCAGAAAGGUUCCAACAACUAGAAUUAGUGCCAUGUAAGAAAGCACAAGACUUGUGUAACUCAAGUUGUACUUUUGAAUUGGCAUGA